CCUCGACACCACGUAAAGUCGAUAGCAUCGUUUACAAACGGUGGUCGAUAUCUGUAGACUCGUCGUUCUUUUCGAAGCGAGAAAUUGAAGUUCGAUAUCUGUAAAAUAAUUCGUCAAAUGUCGUUUUGAAAUAUCGGAGUGUUCGCGGUAAAUUUGUUAUAGUGCCGGGAAAGUACGGGUUUAAUUUCAAGGAGCAAACAUGCGUCUUUUCUUAAGAAGUUGUGACUCAAAUUAUGCAAUGAAAGCCCUCCAUUUUGGGAAGAUAUGGAGUUUGUGAAACGCUGUAAAUAGAGUAAAUGUAUAUUUUACCCGGCUUCGUAAGAAAACGGAGUUUCAUAUCAGUUAUGUACACCGGUGCCUAAUUAUGGAAGCCACCGACGACGGUGACAUUCUCACUAAAGUGAAAAUCGUUUGCAUCCUAUGCAAAACUCAAAUUGCAUACAAUCGUAAUACGAGUAACCUGCGAAUGCACUUACAAAACAAACAUGCACAAGAACUGCUCGAGCUAGAAUCGUCAAAUCCACCACGGAGGCAAGUCCUUUCUCAAGAGACUAAGGAACGUAGAGCGCAGAAGCGCAUGUUGAAAGCAGGUUUAACCACUGCUCAACACAUUUAUACGACUAAUGUCGAUGGCACCGUUCAAAUAGAUGGAGACAUUCAGUUCGUUACGGAUCCAAAUAUUAAUUUGUCUAAUAUUGAGGAUGAUAUCGGUAUUGGACAACCAUUACGUGUUAUGAUAAAGGGAGGAUCGAAUGUAGGUGGUAACAGUCAGAAUGUUGCAUUUCUUAUGCCCGAAGAAAGUACUGUACAUCAAAGCAGUGUCGACGGAAAGACUGUAUCGGAUGCCAUUGCAGAGUUUAUUAUAAUGGAUCUUCAAUUGCCAGAAAUAGUGGAAGGACGAGGAUUUCAAAGACUGGUUGCCACCUUAAGAUCUCCUUGUGAAAUUCCAAGCAAAAAUAAAUUAGAGGAAGAAAUCAUACCAAAGGUUUACGAUACAUUUCGAGAAUCGGUCACAGCAAAUUUGUCUUGCAUAAACAGUGAAGUUGGUUUAGCUAUGGAAGAAUGGAAAUCUAACUCUGAUGAGAGUUUCGUAACGGUGUCGGUAUAUUAUCAAAAUAUUGGGGAAGCGCUGUUGGACUGUAAAGUGCUCGGUACAAUGCAUGUGCCUAUGGACUGGACUGAAUCGCAAUGGGGAAAUUCUAUCAAUUCUCUGUUGCUCGAUUGGGACCUCAGAAUUGAACGAAUCACAGCAAUUGUCAUUGGAACCUCGAGACCAGAAUUAAUUGCAGCACUAAAUGCCAAAGGGUUACCGUUGGUACCUUGUUUGCUUCAUACAUUGCAAGUAUGUGCACAAGCAUGCUUUGAGAAUCUUGAGGUUGCACACAUUUUAAAUAAAUGUAGGGCAGCAAUUGGUGCAAUUGUAAGUCAUCCAGCGGCUUCUGCAGCCCUAUCGAUGCAAGAACAAAUUUUAGAGUUAGAAGAAAAUGCUAUGGUUAUGGAUUAUCCAACAGUUUGGACAUCGACCUACCAUAUGCUGGAACAAAUGGUUGUGCGACGUAACAUAAUUACUUCCAUCUUAGAGAGUAUGGAAGGCAUUGAUCAAGACACCGUUGAUCUUUCUAACGAGCAAUGGAAGGUUAUAGAAGAUCUAGUUAGUGUUCUGGAGCCAUUCAAAGUUACUAUUAUGACACUGAGUGAGGAGAAAAUGCCAUUAGUAUCGUUAUUAAAACCGUUACUAUGGCAACUAGUUUCUUCUCAUCUCAAGAUUAAGGACACGGAUUCUGAAAUGGCUCGAUCUUUCAAGGAAUCCUUAUCUGAUAUGCUCUGGGAACGAUAUGCUGACGGGAAUGUUACGCUUCUUCUGCAAAUUGCUACCACGUUAGAUCCCAGAUUUAAACAACUACCUUACGCUACGGAUGAAGAUAAAAGUAUGGUUGCAGCACCGAUAAAAGAAAUGUUAACAAAAUUAAUAGCUGACGAGGGAAAUGACCAAGUAGAUGUCAAAAUGGAGGAGGAACCUGUUACAAAGAAGAACCGAUUGUCAGGAAUGGAACUUUUGCUUGGUGGGCUAUGCUCAACAAAGACUGGAAUGUCAGCAGAAGAGAAAGCAGAUUUAGAAUUGGUGCAAUACCAUUCGGAGGCGACAGCUCCUUUAGAUUACUGUCCUUUGCAAUGGUGGGCUCGAACAUCGGCAAAAUGCCCGAAUCUUGGUAGGCUAGCACGCAGAUAUAACUGUGUUCCUGCUUGCUGUGCACCACCCAGUCGGAUUCCUGCAGAAGCUCAAAUUCUUUACGACACAAGACGUGCCGCAUUGCCACCUCAUCUGAUCGACAAAUUGUUAUUUCUUCAUGGCAAUCAUACGGUAUGAACAUAUAAAUGAAGGCGGCAUAACUGCCUGUUUAAAGAAAGAUAAACUUGCAGCCAAAAGAUGCGAUAUUUCUACAUGAAAGAUGCAGCUUUCCUUGGCACGACCGUGUUUUAAUAACGUAUCAAACUUUGUGCCGGAAUCAUUCUUUCAUCGUGCACUAAGGAAGGAUAUUUAAAUCAAGAAUCAGAUGUGCGUCGAACUCCUCGAUUCAUAUGUAUAUAUACACAUUUAUACAUACACUUCAUCUAUUGGAGAGCGAUGAAGCAAAAGCUCCUAUGAGGGUGCUUUUGUACAGUGAUAACUUUGCAAAAAGUGUUAAAGAGGAAGAAGGGCCAUUGUGAUACAUUGUUGAACAUAUAUUUUACUUGCGAAUCGAAUAAUUAUGUACCAAUGGAAAGCAGAGAGUUUACAGCAGUUUGGAAGAACUUUACGGAUUGCGUUAUCUCAAAUAAUUUCCUUAAUUAUAAUGUCAUGAAUGUACAUAGUUUCCAAAAUUGUUUAUAAUAUACUGACAGAUAUUAUAACUAAAAGCUUAGGGUUAUUAUGUACAAUAGACACGAUGUACAGCAUUGUCAGUAACCACCUCUUUGAAGUGACAAAGUAUCUUCGUUCCUCAAAAUGGAAAUCAUAUGUCCACCAAACGAUGCAAAGCAAGAAUAUGUAUUGUGAUAACUGUACAAAAAUCGUAAAUAACGGUGAAAACUAACAUUGAAUGGGUCAAAACAAUAAUAUCAAAUGAUGUGAAUUAUUUUAUUCUCAUUGUCAUUUAUGUCCUGGCCAUUUGACAUUAUUAUUA